CUAAAUUACAUUGUCAAGUGUAUUUUAGAACCAACAUGUCUUUCAAAAUUGUUUUCUUGUGCGCUCAAGCGUUCUUGUUACAGAGCAUCGCCGCUCAGUGCUUGAACAACUACCCUGAGAGCCUCGCAUAUACGUCCUACGCGCCAUGCUCACAAUAUGGCCCUGGCCCAUACGGGCAAUACGCUGCCCCAGCGAGUGCAUACGCUCCCAACGGUGCCUACAACCCCGCCAUGCUAUCCGCAUCAAACGGAGGCGGUCUAGCCGUUGCCAGUUCGUCUCCAAUCGCUCCCGUGGGUGUAUCUAUGACAUCUGAAAACGCAUACGAAGGACCGUUAGCCGUGUCUGGGCAAAUUCCGUUCUUAGGGGCAGUGGGUGUCGAGGGACCUCUGCCUACAGCGGGAGCCGGUGCUAUACAAUACAGUUGUGGUAAUGGCAAUGUAGCUAUGUUGGCUGAAGACCUGGGUUAUGGAUAUGGGGCAGUUGCCCAGGGAUAUGCGCCUGGGUCUUAUGGGCAAAUGGCAUAUGCUCAAUACAAUGCGCCGUAUGGUGCAUGCUAUAAUUAGAUUUAGUUCUAAUUUAGAAUAAAUAAAUGAUAGAAUAUA